GCCACUCGUUAAAGUCAGGAGAUAAAGGUUUGGUUUUCUUUGUGUCGAGAUGGCGGGCAGAAUUAAGAAAUUCUACGAUUUGACAGCUAAACUGCUGACUGGGGAGGUGUUAAACUUCUCCGAGCUGAAGGGCAAAGUGGUUCUCAUCGAGAAUGUCGCUUCGCUCUGAGGCACGACGGUCAGGGACUACACUCAAAUGAAUGAGCUGCACGCGCGCUACGCCGACCAGGGACUCGUGGUGCUGGGUGUGCCCUGCAAUCAGUUCGGCCAUCAGGAGAAUGGCAAGAAUGAAGAAAUCCUAAAAUGCCUUAAGUUUGUUCGUCCAGGAAGUGGUUUUGAGCCCAAAUUCCAGCUUCUGGAGAAGGUUGAAGUAAAUGGCGGGAAUGCACACCCCUUGUUCGUCUUCCUCAAGGAGAAACUACCCACCCCCAGUGAUGAUGCAGUGUCCUUGAUGACUGACCCAAAGUCUAUCAUUUGGAGCCCAGUAUGUAGAAAUGAUGUGUCCUGGAAUUUUGAGAAGUUUCUUGUUGGUUCUGAUGGGGAGCCGUUCAAACGCUACAGCAGAAAUUUCUUGACAAUCAACAUUGAAUGUGACAUCCAAAAGCUCCUUGGCCUUCAGAAGUAAGCUAUCGCAGUAUGGGUAAUAUGGCCAUAUGUGGAAGGAUAUUUGCUUCAUGGGCCAUAUUUUCCUUCCUAUUUGCGUAUUGCCAGUCCAGCCUGCUUGCUAAUGUCCACUGUCUUUAAAUCAUCCUCUUUUGUGCAAGAUGCUGCUGCAGUUUAGCACUUUUACUAUAUGAAGCCAUCCUUUUAAAACCUUAGUGAAAAAGAUGUCUGAGAAAACUGUAAAAGUCUUCACUUGACUGUAGUAUCCGGCCCACGUGAAGGAUGUCUGAAUUUUUGUAAUCAGUGGACCAAUAAAAAUGAAAAAAGGAAAA